AUGGGUUCCAAACUAAAGUUCAUCGCCAAGUCUGAGUUGACGCUCGAAGCACGCCGAGAGCACCGGAUUAACGCCAACUCGUUCCAGCAAGAUGCGCUGACGACCUUCAACGGUUGGCAGUACGCCUGUUUCUAUACGCAUAAGGACGCAACCGGCAAUGCUCUCUUCGUCAGCCUUGCGCGACGCCCCAUCAUAGAAUCUCUGGGCAGCUGGGAGACGUUGACGUUUGAUGACUAUGAGCAGACGGCGGACGAUGGGCACAACACCAUCUCCAUAGGCGUCUGUGCUGGAGACGGUUCGAUCCAUGUCUCGUUCGACCAUCACUGUGACCCUCAUCUCAUCUCGUGGAGCCUCAUUGACAGAUGCGCGCGACGCAGUCUGCAUUACCGCAUGUCGAUACAAGGCGUAGCGACGAACCCAGCAGCGCACAAGUGGAAGCCGUCAUUAUUCAGCCCGACUCAUAAUCAACUCCCAGGAUACACUCGCACUGGUCAGCUAGGGAUUGAGAAGCUUUUCUUGGAGACAACGUAUCCUCGCUUCAUUCCGAUCGAAGAUGAUCUUCUCUUGAGCUACCGGAUUGGCAUAGCUGGAGCAGGAUCCGAUCACCUUUUCAAAUACAGCAGCAAGACCCAGUCAUAUUCCUAUAUCGGACAGUUUCUCACGGGCAUCAAGAAUAACCCAUACAUCAACGGCAUCUCAUAUGCCAACGGGCGCAUCCAUGUGUCUGGGACGUACCGCGGGUUUGUCUGGUACGAAGGUGUCGACGACCCGGAAGCGAGGCUGCACACGGUCCAGGCCGGCCCGAACGGCCCAGAAAACAAUUAUAAUUUGUUCUACGUAAGCAGCGACGAUGGUGGAAAGACAUUCAACAAUACCAAAGGUGAACGGCUCGCCAACCUUGAGCUCGGUGAGACAGUCUUUCCCGAUUGCGACGGACUGAUCGUGUUCGACAUCCCCAUGAACAGCGGUGUCCUGAACCAAGAGGCCCAAGCAGCCGACGACAACGGCGGGUUCCACGUUUUGAACCGCGAAAACGAAGUCUGGAUCCACUACUACCGGAGCCCGCUGGGAAGUUGGAGCCGUAACGCGCUGCCCAACCUCCGACCGACGCGGACAGGAGCGCGCGGGGACGUUAUCGCUGUGCCGGGAAAGAAUACGAUUGUGUUUGCGCUGCCGGGCAAUCGAGACGACAAACUCACCGUCCUUGGCGCUCGGCUGCCUCAGGAGGACGUUACGACCGAAGAAACCGAGCUGGAGUAUGCCACAAUUUGGGAAGGUGACGGGUUCUCUGGCGAGCCGCAGGCUGAGACGUAUGAAUCGGGUUCGCAGCGGCUGGUUUCAAUCUUCACACGGACCGAAGAAAAGGAAAGAAAGGUGGUGGUUUUGGACUUUGCUUUGAACGAGGAUCUCUGA